AUGGCGCCACCUAUUAGCAUACCAGAGUACUACACAAAUAAGACGAUAUUCAUCACUGGAUCGUCAGGAUUCAUGGGGAAAGUCCUCAUAGAAAAGCUUCUAAGGGAUUGUCCUGACAUCAAAAAGAUUUAUAUGCUUAUGAGACCAAAGAAAGGUCACGGCAGUAAAGAGAGAUUGGAUGAUUUACUGGCUUUUCGGAUCUUCGAUCGUUUAAAAGCCGAACAUCCGGAGCGGUUCCAGAAACUGCACGUUAUUCCUGGCGAUAUUCUGCUGGAAAACUUAGGGAUCACCGCUGAGGACAGGAAAGUGAUACAAGAUGAGACACAGAUUAUUUUUCAUUGUGCCGCAUGUGUUCGGUUCGACAUGUUCCUUAGAGAUGCUGUAAAGAUGAACACACUCGGUACUAAAAUGGUCCUCGAGUUGACAGAAGGCGUAAAGAAUCUUGAGGUUUUUGUCCACGUGUCAACUUCUUACUGUCGCUGCGAGAUGGAACUGUUUGAAGAGAAGCUAUACCCCUCAAAACAUAGGCCACAUCACGUCAUGCAAACUGUCGAUUGGAUGGAUGACGAUUUGUUGAAACAUCUGCAACCUAAAAUAAUAGAGCCACAGCCGAACACUUACGCAUACACAAAAUCCCUCACAGAGGAUUUAGUCUCACAAUACGAGGGCAAGUUUCCCAUUGCGAUUGCACGGCCAUCUAUUGUAACAGCAGCAUACAAAGAACCGUUGCCGGGAUGGGUGGACAAUCUCAACGGACCCACCGGUCUCUUAGUAGGAGCUGGCAAAGGUGUAAUUCGGACGAUGCAUUGCAACGACAGUUACCGCGCCGAUGUGGUGCCAGUGGACAUCGCUGUCAACGCCUGUAUUGUCCUCUCCUACCUCACUGGAAUAGAACAGCCCAAAGAGUUGAAGAUCUGCAAUAUCACAUUAUCAGAGCUGAACCCUCUGACGUGGGGGCAAGCUUUAGAUAUGGGUCGCGUUCACGUCCAUGAGUUCCCUUUCUCCAUCUGUCUGUGGUACCCUGGCGGUUCUGCCAAGAGCUCAUGGAUUCAGCACCAAUUGGCUCUCUUCUUCACCCAUCUUCUACCAGCUUAUUUUGUAGAUCUCCUUCUAUUUCUAAUGGGACAGAAGACUUUUAUGAUAAAGAUGCAGAAACGUAUCAACUAUGGUUUGGAAGUACUUCAAUAUUACACCACAAAGGAAUGGUAUUUCGUUAAUGACAACUUCGCAGCUCUCAAAGACCAGAUCAGCAAUCAAGACAAUAAUGUAUUUUACACUGAUCUCCGGGCUAUCAACUGGAACAAAUAUAUCCGAAAUUACAUCAGGGGUGCCAGAGAGUACGUGGUGAAGGAAGACCCAUCGACGCUACCUCAAGCCAGAAGACUACACAAGCAAUUAUACUACUUGGAUAAAACUGUGCAAGUUAUGCUUGGAUUGCUUAUAACAUACAUUGUAUAUUAUUAUAUAAACAUGUUUUUUUCUGUAAUUAAUGCCUAA